CAUGCCAGAGGGGGGCGGGCGCGCUUCCUCGGGACUCGCCGGCUCGACCAGGCCCGGCCCGGCGCCGGGGACCUAAGCCUGGGGAGCGCCCGGGAGCGAGGACGCGCCUCGUUCACCGCCCCGGGCCGGAGCUUCGGCUGCCCGGCGCCGCCGCCCACCCCGCCUUUUUCGAGGCUAACACGGUCUCAUGGGGGAGCCUGAGCUCUCUAGAGGCGGAAAUCUGGCCUCUGGCCCUGCCUGUACCUCGGCCUCUCACUUUCCGCCUCCCGGCCCCGGUUCUUUCAGCUCUAAGAUGGAGGACGGCGGUAUCUGCCCUAUGCACAACGCAGGGUGAUUGCAGGGUUGACACUGCCUGUCUGAAAACGAAGGAGCUCUGGUUCUCAACCUGGCAGCCAGUAGAAUCGCUUGGGAAGCCUCCAAAUGCUGAUGCCCCAUCAUCACCGGGGAAUUGUGAUCUGUGGCCAGGACCGAGAUCCACGGGCCCAGAGUGAAAUGACAGUACUGUGAUCACGACUGGAAUAUGCACUUCGCCGAAUGUGGAUCACAGUCUUGAGAAAGCAAGCAGCUGGGUUUUUGUUUUUGUUUUUUGUCCAAGAAGACAGGGACCUAAUCUGGGUGGAAGAUGUCUAUGGAUGUGACAUUUCUGGGGACGGGUGCAGCAUAUCCAUCUCCAACCCGGGGUGCCUCUGCUGUGGUCCUUCGGUGUGAAGGCGAGUGCUGGCUCUUUGACUGUGGGGAGGGAACACAGACACAGCUUAUGAAAAGCCAACUUAAAGCAGGGAGAAUUACCAAGAUCUUCAUCACACAUCUUCAUGGAGACCAUUUCUUUGGCCUUCCUGGGCUCCUCUGCACAAUCAGCCUGCAGAGUGGCUCCAUGGUGUCCAAACAGCCUAUUGAAAUCUAUGGCCCUGUAGGGCUUCGGGACUUUAUCUGGCGAACCAUGGAACUCUCUCACACGGAGCUGAUCUUCCGUUAUGUGGUUCAUGAACUGGUUCCUACAGCGGAUCAAUGUCCUGCAGAAGAAUUAAAAGAAUUUGCACAUGUGAAUAGAGCAGGCAGUCCUCCCAAAGAGGAACAAGGAAGAACUAUCCUAUUAGACUCAGAAGAAAACUCGUACCUUCUGUUUGAUGAUGAACAGUUUGUUGUAAAAGCAUUUCGCCUCUUUCACAGAAUUCCCUCAUUUGGGUUUUCAGUCAUGGAAAAGAAACGCCCAGGUAAACUCAAUGCACAGAAACUAAAAGACCUUGGUGUUCCACCAGGUCCUGCCUAUGGGAAGCUGAAAAAUGGAAUUUCUGUUGUUCUGGAAAAUGGGGUUACAAUUUCUCCCCAAGAUGUCUUAAAAAAGCCUAUUGUUGGAAGAAAAAUCUGCAUAUUGGGUGACUGCUCUGGGGUUGUGGGUGAUGGAGGAGUAAAGCUGUGUUUUGAAGCAGACCUGUUGAUUCACGAAGCGACCCUGGAUGAUGCCCAGAUGGACAAAGCAAAGGAGCACGGCCACAGCACACCACAGAUGGCAGCCACAUUUGCAAAGUUGUGCCGUGCAAAGAGGCUGGUUCUGACUCACUUCAGUCAGAGGUACAAACCAGUUGCCUUGGCCAGAGAAGGAGAAACAGAUGGCAUUGCAGAACUAAAAAAGCAAGCUGAAUCAGUGUUAGAUCUCCAAGAAGUGACUCUAGCAGAAGAUUUUAUGGUGAUAAGCAUUCCCAUCAAGAAAUGAAACCAGUGUUCCUGGGUGCAUACUGACAUGUCUGUGAAUAUGUUACUGAACCUACAGUCCAGUUUUUUAUUUCUUGUUUUAGUCUGAGAUUAUUUGGGUCUUAAUAAUCCUAAAAAGAAUGGAGCUGCAUUGAUGAAUUGGCUCAGUAUUUAAAGGGAGCAAGCUUUUUGAUAAUAAAUCUUUUUAAGAGAAAAAAAACCCCAGCAUCCUUUUUAAAGUCCAGAUUUGACAAAAUGAUAGACUAUUCAGGUAUACGUCUCAUUUUGUGCUGCUACCACAGAUAGCCAAUAUUCCAUGCAGUCCUGGGUUUAGCUUCUGCCCAGCUUUAUUGCUGCUAUUGGCAAAGAGCACAGGACUCAGCCCUCGUGGCUAAAAAUGGUAUUUUGGCAGUUUGUAUUGAAUCUGUUUGUGUUAUUAACAGAAUAAGGAGAAAUGUCAUGAAACGCUGGACACGCAGGAUUGACGAUAGCAUGACCAUAGCUUUGCUGGAAUACUGAAUGCAGGGUUUGGCUAGGUGUUUAUUUUCACAUUUUAUUGAACUUUCUGUUUGUCUCUUAACCCAUAGUUCUCAGCUUGGGUGACACUGCUCCUCUGGAAGCAGGUUUGAAAUUAUGGGGAUGUUUUCUUGUCACAGUGACUGAGUAUGGUGGGGGUGGGUGGUGGUGGUGGUGGUAGUGGUGGUAAUGGUGGUACUACUGCUACUGGUAUUUAGUCAGCAGGGAUCAGGGAUGCUAGAUGUCCUGCAAAGUUUUGGUCAGUAAUGUACAAUAAAGAAUCAUCUCACCCUGAAAUGCAAAUUGCAGACCCAUUGAGAUACGCAGCAAGUUAAAGUUUAUACUCUUGAUGUGAAUAUAGUUUACCAAAAUUAGUGACAUAAUGAGUCAAAUUACUAGGUAAGUCAAAUCCAAAAGAGUGAAUAUGUUAGAAUUGCAAUGUCAUACCAAAUAACAUUCAAAAGAAAUGAGCCAUCAAGUGAAGCUUAUGACCCUGGAGGUAAAAAAUGCUUAUCUAUUAAACUAAGGUUUCAUUUAUGUGUCCCUAUUAAUAAACAUUAUUUGCCCAA